CGUAGAAGAAGAAGCGUCCAGCGUCAGGCUCCAAACAGGAAGAAAACAUCCGAGCCAAGGGGCUGGUGUAGCAGCUUGCGUCGGAGUGGCUCGGUAAUGCGGCAGCUUUGAGGGUGGGAAAGCAGCCGGGGCCCGUUAUCAUGCUGUGUCCGGAGUAGUGACAGAAGCGACUGAAAGCGCAGGAACCCGGUGCUGCUCCACUUUCCUCCGGUCCGACCGCUGAAACGAGGUGUGAAUGAGUGACGUGGUGCCUCCCACAGCUCUCAGUGAAGUCCAGCUCCGCUUCCUUUGUCACGAUGACAUAGAGAAUGUCAAACUGCUGUGUGGUGACUGGUUCCCCAUCGAGUACCCAGACUCAUGGUAUCAAGAUAUCACCUCCAACAAGAAGUUCUUCUCCCUCGCUGCCACCUUCAGAGGAAACAUCGUGGGGAUGAUCGUGGCCGAGAUCAAAAGCCGGACCAAAGUACACAAGGAGGAUGGAGACAUCCUGGCCUCCAGUUUUCCUGUGGACACGCAGGUCGCCUACAUCCUCAGCCUAGGAGUGGUCAAAGAGUUCAGGAAACAUGGCAUAGGCUCCCUGCUGCUGGACAGUCUGAAGGAGCACAUCUCGACGACCGCUCAGGACCACUGCAAGGCCAUCUACCUGCACGUCCUCACCACCAACAACACUGCCAUCCACUUCUAUGAGAACAGGGACUUCAGGCAGCACCACUACCUUCCCUACUACUACUCCAUACGCGGCGUCCUCAAAGACGGCUUCACAUAUGUGCUCUACAUUAAUGGGGGUCAUCCACCCUGGACAAUAUUUGACUAUAUCCAGCACAUCGGUUCAACCCUGGCCAGCCUGAGCCCCUGCUCCAUCCCUCAGAGGUUGUACCGCCAGGCCCAGUCGCUGCUGCGCUCCCUGCUCCCCUGGUCCAACAUCGCCUCCAAAACCAGCAUACAGUACAGCAGAACCAUGUGACGUAAAGCGGCGGAGCCCAUUCAAGACGGGAGCUUAUCGCUGUCUUCACCGCAUCCGCUGGAUGGCUGACGCUCGCCGUCUCCCUUUUUAUCUGUUAUUUUGUAGGAGCUCAGCUGUCCCGGUCCCCGUCAGUCUUCCCCUGUACAGACCAAGUUCACGUUCUUAAUCUCUUACGGAUUUCCUCCUCCUGUUAGCAUGACAAAGGACUCAGGUUAAACAUUUCCUCAUUCCCUGUGCUGGAUUCUUACCAUUCAUUUGCAAACACAUUUGGCCCCAAACCUGCAGAUAAAAACAGGGUUCUAUAGAUAUAGUAGCUGCAGGUGAUUUUUGGAGGGAAGAGAAACCCCACAGCUUUUCUAGUUAUUCACAUCCUAUACUUGGCUAGAGAUACAUAAAACACUGUUUCUCAGGUUACGCUGCCUGUAACCUGUCUUUAGCGCGGUUUUCCACACUCGAGCCGAUCCAGCCUGGCUUGGAGCCCAGAGAGCCAAUAGGGAGGAUCAGAAAUGACACGCGGGAGAACAGCAGAGAUCAUACUGUGAGGGAAAGGCUAGCACACACACCAGGAACCAUAGAGAGAGUGAAGUUUUACCACUGCAUAUCCUGUCUCCUUUCAUCUUAUCAACUACUGUCAGAUACUGUGUAAUCUAUUUGUAUAUACUAUAUUUAGCUAAUAUAUAAAUUUAUCUUAAUAUGUAUGUCGAUUCUAUUGUACGUUAAUGGGCUUAGUUGGACGAUGACCCAUCCUUGUCCCCUUUUUUAGUGUAGAUUUAAGCCUGAAACAUUUGCAGUUUUAUAAAGUUGACAGUGGAAAAACAAAGCAAAUUUUAUGAAUGAGAUUACAGAUGAGUUGGUUGAAAUCCAUCUGAUUAAACAAAGGUGGCUUUUUAAAAGGAUUUAAGUGGGCCAGUCAUUUCAUUUUAACUGGAAAUCUUCCCUACAAACACUCGCAGAAUACAUUUUUUUUAUCAGCAUACAGUAACAUUAUAGUUUAAUUCAUAAUGAUUGUGUGUCUGCAUAUUCUGGCCUCUUGAUAAGCAGAAAAGGCUCAUAGCUGCGUACGAGAUCAACGUCUCUAAGCGGUUUUCCAGUUCUACCGCCAGCUCAAUUCGUCUAAAAGAACUCCUUCUUUUAGUGAUUUUAAAAGCUCACUGAGUGCAGACUGUUUUUUUCUUUCCUCUCUAUUGUUAUAACAUUGCUGCUAAUGUGAAGAAAUUUCUAUUUAUUUGUGCAGAUUUUAAAAAAUUGACCCCGUGUAGAUUUUUAUGUCAGCCAGUGAAAGAGAUUAGGACAAACGACCACUUUGUGUCCCUGCACACAUGCGGGUGUGUUUUUUUCUUUCUUUCUGUCUUUUGUUGUGUGUGUCCGUCUAUCGUUAACGCUGCGUUCCAUUCGCCUCAGAAGUCAGAACUUGGAACAACGUCACUAAAAACCCUGUAAAAGGGCAGUUCCUAUUAUUUGAGCUGAGGUUGUGUUGAGGUGAUGAGCAGACAAUAUCUUACCUUCUGUAGAUAAAUGUUGGCUAAAUCAACCCCAGUCUCAAAACAUCAGAGUCCAUAUGAGAGAUGUGUUGUUUUUUUUAAACCUUUUAUCAUCGUAAUGUUUGGAUUGGUCGAUUAUUUACCCAGAAGCCACACAGGUAGUGAUACCUGGAGACAGCGCAGCAUCAGUGAUCUUCCUGAGUGAAACGGAUACUAAGAAUGGAACAUAUUAAGCGUUUCCUAUCAGUCUGUUCUAAAAGCAUUGACUUGUAAUAAUAGUAAUGGUCGUUUUUAGACUCCAGUUUGAAGGCAGUAGAAGUCUGCUUUGGUUUUUGCCAUGAGGGUAAUCUCUACUGCAGGUAAGAUAUUGACUGCUUAUCACCAUACAGCAGAAGCUCACUUCAAAUAUUCAGAACAAACUAUUUUAUUUAAAAAUGUUCCUGCUGCACGUCCCAAACCCUGCAGGAUUUGCUGUGCGUUGGGUUUAGUGACUCAAGCUGAGUAUCCAGUUGCAUUCAGAUGCUGGAAUGUGUUCCCUACCAGAGAAAUGAGUGAAGGCUGUGCAGCAGAUUUGGCACAGAAUGAACUGACUGAAGCAGUUCUCACAUCUACACGUUUGCUAAAAAAUAGAAAAUUUUCAACCCCCCAAUUUAACUUCCAGGUUCAAAUGGAAAACACGUUCAGCGCAUGUCGGUGCCAAACUCUGGUGAACAACGAAUCCUAAAUGUGGCUUUAUCAGAGCAACAAUACAGUUUCUCAGUCUCAUUUUGUCCUGCUGGAGUCGAGAGAUUUUACACACAUGAUCUACUGUAUCAGCCAGGGAGGGAAUAAUAGGUUGUUGGAAUGUUUUGAUUUUUUGUUGGGAUUUUUUUUUUUUUAAAACUUGGUAUCGUACUGGGAUGAGGUGUGGGCGACGGUGUGAAAAAUAAAACUUCUUUGUGCAAACCUUAACAUUUCUCACCUUCCCAGCCCUUUGGGAGGUGAUGCAAGUUCUUUGCAAACAUUGUUUAUGCAAUAAAUUUGUUUCAUUUCAGUUAU